CGACAUGAUACCUUAAAGCAGAAGGCCCGACAGAGUCGCCCUUUCCCUCAGCCACUAGCGCUACAGCUCGAAUACCCAGACUCUACCCCAUGAUGGCGACACCUACACCUUCCACAAACACGCCGCAAAAGCACCUCCCCGCGUUCUCGUCACCGGCUCCGCGCAGCGUGCCUCAUACAGGCACAACCGCCGGCAUAAUGAACUACGACUCGCCUGCGAUGCUGCAUAUGCUGAACGAGGGAGGGGGAGGUCUAGGAGGUGUGUCGAUGGGUGGUGUAAAUAUGGACAUCUCGUUGUCGCAAUUGGGGAUGCCGAGCGCAAGCGCAAUGGGACGCGCAGACGAAGCGGAGAGGACCAGGAGGUUACAUAAUAUCAUCGAAACGUUGAAGCAAAAGCCCGGGAGAGUCAGCGAGCAGAAUGUGCUUGCGCUUUGUACUAGGCUCGACAUACACUUCCAGAAAGAGGGCAAUGUUUAUAUCCUUGCUGUUGGCGAAUCGAAUCUAUUGGAGAUUCUCUUCCGUGGCGACGAAGUUGAGAAGAUCGAACUGCAAGGCGGCUUCGACAUGCACAACGACAGCAUUGGUUUCGGCGAGACAGGCACAAAGAUCCUUACCCGGACCCUGCAGCCUCUUCCCGGUCAGAGCAAGAUGAACGUCACCCUCGAGCGAUUCGCCGAAAACCUGGAGAAGCUUGUGACGUUAGACAAGCUAGGAUCGCCGCAACACGGAGGAGUUAGUUGCUACAAUGCUAUUGCGGGCGUGUACACAAGUUUGAGGAAGUUAUUCGAGCAUGAGAAGAAGAUGGCGCUUGCGAUUCUAGAGGAGGAUACCCCAAAUCGAAACCACAAGGCCGAGAGAGAAGUGCUGUGCAAGAAGAGCGGUCGACCAAGGCCAAAUACUGGAAACCGCUUAGGUCUCAAUCUGGAGUACUGGAUGGACAGGCGACACAUGAUUCCAAAGUCACAAACAAAGGCACCUUCCUCAGAGAAAGGGAAGGAGAAAAUGGAGAUCGACUCACACGAGCAGAGCGAGUAUCCAGAAGAUGACGACGAUAUGAAGACCAAUCAAGUGUACUCGCUGACUCUAGAAUGCGAGGCCUCUCCGUCAGCACUAUACACGCCCAUUCGCGUGUCGGACAGUUGGAUCAGCGACGCCAUAGAGAAACCCACAAACCCGGAUGACGCGACCUCUCUUGACAACAUUCUUUCGAACACGCCCUCGAUAGACUGGCAGGACCCUAAACCGACAUUUCUGGAGCCGCCAGCAUCGACGGGCGAAGACGACGCGAUGAAUCUCGACACUGCGCCCGGCCGAUUACCAAACAUCCGCUUCGUCGCCAAGUUCAAUCCACCACUUGUUGUUCCCCUCACUACCUACAUAUCACUGUAUCAGUCCGUUGGCGUGGAACCACCCCAAGAUUUCUCCGCAACUACAUUCGUGGGACUUGCAUUACGACCGAACGAACUUGAUCCUGGUAUGACUGGUACAGCUGGUGCCUCGACACAUGAGAUCCGCAGCACCAGAUUGGCAUUAGUACGCGACGAGAGUGGAAGUGAGAAGGACAGGACCCAUGAGCUAAGCCUGUACGUCCCUAAGAUGGAGUACAGUAGACGCUUAGAAAACCUUCCUUUUGCACAUCCAAAGCAAUUGGUCGAGAUCCUGCCAGUCCUCCGCCAAUACGCUUUCACAACCUCCCUUCUCCAGAACUCGUUCCUCGAAACAGCAGAGCAGAAGUCGACCCUGCAACCCCCAACACUACCAAUUACUCCAGACACCAAGUCUUCAGACCCGCCACUGCAGCUCGACGUCAACCUCUCCUACACCCCGCCUGCGCCCCGCCUCACCCUGCACAUCCCCCACCCCUCCUCGACACUCCCUGUCGAUUCAAAAAUAACGUCCGCGCCGCGCGCUACGUCACCAUCCUCUAUCUCCGAUCUGCUGUCGGGCCUGCUCUCCGACUCGGGACCGCCCUUGUUACAUGCCCCACUCGGUGUCACGCUGGAUGUGCAUGCCAACGGGGAGCUAGUGGUCAGCGAGCAGAAUAUCACAGAAGGGAGGAAAGUGGGGGAAGAGGAUCUAGAUAAAGUGCAGGAGGUGGAUGCGAGGAUCAAGAGGGUGGGGAAGGCGUUGGAGGUCUGUGGAGACUUGGGCGUCUGGGGAGAGUGGUUGAGGAAAGAGGUUGCACGCGGUGGUAAUUAGUUGGGUUUGCACCGCAAAGUCGGGGCUGCAUAAUAUGCCAACAUCAGCAUCAAUAUCAUGAUUCGAAGUAGACAUUCACAUUGCAAGUUGAAAGAAGGAACCAAGUUUGAAGUAUUCGG